GUCGAGCGGACCGAACUUGACCCAGAUGGCGGGAGGGCGGCGCCUGCUCGAGCCCCGAGGCGUGCCAUCGCCUCCCUCGCUGCCUCCCUCACGGCCUCCCUGGUGACUCCCUCAGUCCUCUCGGUGCGAGCAUGCGGAUCAGACGCGAGCUCUCGACGUCGGGCGGGGUCGUGCACAGUCCCAGGGCGAGGCCCGUCGAGAUCCCCGAGAUCACCGUCUGGAGAUUCAUCACUAAAUGCAUCCGGGAGAGGCUGGCGCACAGGGGCGAUGCCGUCUGGCUGGAAGACGCCCGCACGAAGCGCCGCUACCUCUACAGCGAAUGGGAGACCCUGGUGACCCGCGCCGGCAGCGCCCUCACCCGGCUCGGCCUCGCCCACGGCGACGCCAUCUUCAUCCACUCCUGGAACCACAGCGAGUACUUCCUCGUGCUCCACGCGUGUGCCGCCAUCGGCGUCACCGUGCUCAACGUGCCGCCGUACGACUUCGAAAAUUUGUCGCGUCACGUGGAGCACUGUCGGCCGGCGUUGGUCGUCUGCUCCGCUCAGGAUUCGGAGAAGGUUUCCGAGGCCAUGAGGCCGUGCAGGAAUGUUCCGCAGGUCAUGACCUUUGACCUGGUCUCGGGUUUCAUGUGCGUCCAGGAUCUCUUGCAAGAUGACGGAUCUGCGUUCCCGUCGGACGUGGACGUGGACCCCCGGACGCACGUCCCCUUCGUGUUCUACUCGAGCGGGACCACGGGCCCGCCGAAGCCGAUCCUGCGCAACCACGUCGCCACCCUCGGCUUCGUCUACAACCUGCUCGUUGACCCGCGGGAGCGAUUGGGCGAGCGAGACGAGGUCAUCCUCACGCCCAUGAACCACUGCCACAUGGGGGGCAUUCUCUUCUGCCUCUGGGGUGUCUACGCGGGGCAGACCGUCGUCCACUUCUCCGACUACCGGCAGGACAUGCUGGUCCCGGCCAUCCUCGAGUACAAGCCGACGAGUCUGACCCUGUUCCCGAAAGACGUGAUCCACCUGUGCAAGAGCCAGGACCUGGAGAGCCUGGACCUGAGCCACGUGCAGCGCAUCUCCGUCGGGGGGGCCACGCUCCCCGGCUCCAUGGAGAAGGACCUCCUCCGGAAGAUCCCCUCCGUCAAGGAGUUCAUCCAGGCAUACGGAAGCACGGAGGCCGGGCUGUGCACGGGGACGGACAAGCCCUUCCACAAGAUCGAGUCCGUCGGCGUCCUCGCGCCCUUCGUCCAAGCCAAACCGGCGUUCGCCGUUCAGGUCCUCGACGUGGAGACGGGAGAGGUACUGGGUCCGAACGAGGAAGGGGAAUUGUGCUUCCGAACUCCCUGCAUCAUGAUGGGUUACUUGAACAAUGCUAAGGAGACCGCGGCGGUGUUGGACGCGGACGGCUGGUACCGCUCGGGGGACUUCGGCUACUACGGGGAAGACGGCUACUUCUACGUGAAGGACCGGGUGAAGGACAUCAUUCCCGUCUACCUCAACUCGCGCAUCAUUCACUUGCGACAUGCGAGGGGAACCGGUUCCCGAUCGCUUCCUCGAUUCCACGCCGAUCGAGACGCCUCGGGGCAUCCGGGGCGACCCCCCAUCACCCGUCGGCAACCCCCCAUCACCCGUCGGCAACCCCCACAGGUGUCGCCGGCGGAGAUCGAGAACGUCCUGUACGACGACCCGGCGGUGGAGCAGGUGGGCGUGGCCGGCGUCUCCAUCCCCGGCAUCGAGUGCCAGGUCCCCAGGGCCUUCAUCGUCCUCAAGAAGUCCUGCAAGUCCCUCCAGGAUCCUCCCGCUGAGAUCGACUUCAUCCGACUCGUCGAAAAGAAAAUGUCGGCGGCGUACCACCUGACGGGAGGCGCGUGCUUCGUCUCGGAACUCGUGACGAGCCCCGCCGGGAAAACUUACCGGAAGAAGCUACGGGAAAUGUUCGAGGGGGAAUUGGCGGACGGGACGCUGAAGGCGGCGGAUUUCCCGCUUCAUUCUUCCGCCUCGACCGGGGAGUUCUCGCAUACGGUCGUGCGGAGUGCCUGAAGCCGCCUUCUGAUCGUGGACCACCUUCUUCCUGCCCCGAAGCCGCCUUCUUGUCACGAACCGCCUUCUUCCUGUCCCGAAACCUGCUUCUUGUCGUGAACCACCUUCUUCCUGACCUGAAACCGGCUUCGCCCUAUCCUUGAAACGCCUUCGUCUUAUACUGCAGUCGCCUUCGUCCUAUUCUAGAACCGACUUUUUUACUUUGGUAAAAACUUGAAGGAUAAUAGUAGAACUCUGCCAGAAAAAAAGAGAAGAUAAAAAGCAAUGGAAGUGUGUGGACAAACCGGUUCCAGUCGAGUAACGAGGCAUUUCAGACUUUUAUGAAUUUUUAUGUCUUUCUUUUUCAGACGAGUGUGACAGGAUUUUUGCUUAACAUAAGUAUGCGGUAUACGUCAGGAACUAUUUCAACUCUAUUUUCUUACCCUCAUUGAGAUUUGUAUUCGAGUGGCGUGCCCGCACGAGUUUCAUCGGAAUAAACCGUGUUUCUCAUCGUGGGAUCCGGCA